AUGAUUAUGCAGGAAGAGGAUGAUGAGGAGCACGUGGAGGUGGAUGAAAUACCAAAGAUGACACGAGAGAAGGAGUUCUUCUAUUAUCAUCCAAUGGCAUUUGCGGAUGAUAUACACGAGGCUGUACAUGAGAUCAUCGCUGUAGAUGGCGCAGACUAUGUCGACCAGUGUCUGUUGACACACAGUGCAUUCCAGGCAACGCAUGUCGCCGAGCGUGUAGCCGAGGGCACCGAUCAGAUGUGGCAUCUACUUGACGACUGCUUCGGCAAGAACCUCGACAAGUUUGAACAGUUCCUCAUGACCAACGUCUUCAACAUCCCCAACGACCUUGUGUUGCCAAGCGAGAUGCCAUCACUCAACUACCUCAUGCCCGUUGACUCCCAAUCACUCAAAGAGCAAGCUCACAAGCUCAACCAAGAUCUGGAAGAGAUGAGCACAAACUUCACCAAAUUACAACAAGAGAUGGCAGAGAAGAGAAGACUGAAACAGGACUUGGAGAAUGAGAUCAAGUUGGUGGAGUCGUGGGAUGUGCCAUUGAGUAUAUCAGAGUCGAUGAUAGAGAAGGACAUAGUACCAUUGAUAAACAAUAUCAAUCACAAGAGCAAGGAGAUUGAGUAUAGUUAUAAUCUGAUGAAACAACGACUGGCCGAUCACGACAUCAAGUUGGACGUACCCGACAAUAAACUCACCGAUCACCAACUUUGUAACAAUAUCAAUAAUCUAACACUUGAGGAAUAUAUACGCGAUAAACAAUAUAUAGAGACAAAGACAAAGGAGUUGAACACAAUCCAACAAGGCCUGUAA